ACAGAAGAAGAAGAAGCACCGCUCUCGGUAGGAAAACCAACGCAAGGUGAUGGGUCUACCUGAAUCUUGCUGACCUUCAGUGGCGAUCGGCCGCCCCCUAGCCAUCUGUCGACAUGCAAGGAUUCUACUCCAAGCUCGACUCAUCCCCGUCCUCGUCCCCGUUACUGGGGGUGGGCCUCGGGGGAGAGGGCGCUCCCAUGCCUCUCAGCCUGGCUGUGGAGACCGAGAAAGCGCAGGCCCUCCUACAGACAUUCAGCUCCGCCUCUCUGCUGGCGUCGGCGGGACUCGGUAUGUUCUGCGUGGUGGCGGACCACACCCUCCAGCUGUCUCUCAUCCAGCAUCACCUGUGGCUGCGCGCCGCCUUGGACAACGCCACGCAUGGAUUGGUGGGGUUGUGGUCAUGGGCGGUUGUUAUUGGACUAAGGAAAAAGAGUGAUCUGUAUGAGGUGCUGCUGGCAGGUCUUCUGGCUUCAAUCAUAGACCUGGACCACUUCUACAUGGCUGGAUCCCUGUCUCUCAAGGCUGCUGUGUCGCUCCCUCAGCGUCCCCCUCUCCACUGCUCCUCUCUCAUCCCUGUCCUCUGUCUCUCCCUCCGCUUCCUCAUGUGGAUCGGACGCCUCAAAGACGCUUGGUGCUCCUUGCCGUGGAUGCUCUUCAUCUCAAUGGCAACGCACCACGUCCGAGAUGCUGUACGCCACGGUUUGUGGGUGUGCCCGUUCGGCAACACGGCGCCACUUCCCUACUGGCUGUACGUGAGCACCACGGCGACACUCCCGCACCUGUGUUCAGUGCUCAUGUAUCUAACAGGAACCAGAGAUGUGAUCUCUACCAAACACGGGGUGGCUAUAGACGUUUAGAGGUCACCAACAUCACUGUUCACCUCUAAUGCUGACGUGGAGGAAUGCCUCUGAAUAAAAAUGUUU